AUGAUCUUGACACACCUCAACAACACCACUACAACUCAUUCUCAGUCGUUGACUUACUCUGCUGACCAAUGUUCUCUACAUCGCCUAUUUCUUGCCUUCCCAUGGUUCCCUAAUCAGAUCCGAUUCGCCAAAGCUCACGACUCCAUCUCUAGGAUUGGACUCCCUCAAGUUCUUCAGGAACUUCACCAAGAGACUGUAUUCUACUUGCAGCAUGUGAAGCACAUCAAACCCUACCACAAAGUCAUGAGUUUACUGCUGACGUCUUCACUUCUUGCCAUACAACUCCCAUCAAGAUUGCCUUAA